GACAAGGGGCCGCCGGCCGCCGCCCGCCAGCGACACGAGAGACGCGCGGGCGGGCGCCUCCACACGGCGUCGGUCCGCCCGCGGGGCCAAGGCCGCGGGCUUUUUCCCCGCGCAAAAGGGUUUUUUGGGAUGAUUUUCCCCUCCGAGAAGGACAUUUUGAAUUCCCUUUGAGAAGGACUUUUUAUUUCCCAUCUGAGGACAAUUUUUUCCCCUCUAAGGACAUUUUUGUGACAGUUUUUCCAUGGGCAGUGGCUAUUUUUUCCCCCAUCAUCCAUUUCCACCCCGAAGACGCCCGCACCCACCCGCCCCAGACCGGGCGGGCGCGGGCGUUCCUCUGCAUCCACGACCAGCCUCCCGGUCGCCUAAAUUCCUCCUCACAAUCAGAAAUCCUCACCAGAGUCCCUCGCGAGCGCUCAACACGUGCUCGUUCCUUUGCAAGAUCCUGCAAGACACAAUCACCCUCACCUCCCCUGAGAAUGUAGCCUCAGUGUCACGUCUUGUUGCAUGCCAAGCACAAAUUAGAGGAAAGUCUAGAAUCUAAUGUAUUUUUAUAGAAUAUAGUUGAAGGCCCACACGCGUGUAGUUUAUCACUCGACGAAGAACAAGACAAAGUCAUUAUUUUUUUGAAUUUCUAUUAACGUUGCAUGAGAUGCGAUUUUUUUCGUUAUGAUUUGCAAAAGUGUGGAGGAAAAGUGCCAUUAAGGCAAUGAAAUCUGCUCGUUCCCUUGAAGCCGAGGAAGUAUGUCCCUGUGACUUGACCGCCGAUUCCCUCAAAAGUCCCUAAAAGACUUAAAGGAGUAGCCCUUCCCGAAGGCCCGUAGUCGCCCCCAAAGGAAAGGAAGAGCACCUUGUUCGUUCCGCCCCCCCCUCCCAAAAAAAAAGUCCCGAAAGAGAUGGGCUUCUCAAAAAGGCGCCCAUAAAAGGAGGGAAUCGCGGCGCUGCCGCUGUGGGCGGCGAGGAGGGCGCUGAGGGGGGCAGAGGGGAGUGGGUGAGGGUGGCAGGCCACCCAUGUAAACCUCCGUGUGUGUCAUGUGUAUCUACACCCAUGUACAUACACCUCGGAUCCCGCCGCUGCCCUGCUGCACCCGGAACACCUGCUGCUGUUCCUGCUGCGCCUGGACGUCCUCCCGCGGGGCCUGCUUCUGCCGCCUUCCUGGACGCGCCCGCAGCUCGGCGUCGUCGUCCGCCCCGGGCACGGCGGCCGAGUCGCGCGUGUGCUCGCUACCGCCCAUCUCGGGCGCCAGCGCGGACGCCGCCGACGCCCGCCUCGGGACCAGGAACAUCAACGCCCUCGCCGCCAGGCGGCGCGGCAGCAGGGCGUCGGGCCCCUCGAGUGACCGCCUCGGCUCCAGCGACGCCCUGGACGAGCUCACCGACCCCGACUCCCCCGGCGGCCUUCGCCUCCUGCGCAGGAGGUCCAACGCCCCCAGCGACGACGGCGCGUCCCUGCUGAGCCUGCGACUGGACAGCCCGCCGCGCAAGGCCAGGUCCCGCCAAAAGCCCCUCAGCCGGCGUGGCAGCCUCGCCCUCCUGCAGCCGGCGCAGCAGCGACGGAGGCGCGGCGGCUCGGCCUCGUCCAGCGAAGGAGACUCCCCGUCCCGCGCCUCGCAAAGGCGCCGGCGCAAGGACCUCGCCGCCCCGCCCAUCCGCAGGAGAGGAAACAGCCUCACUAGGCUCAAUGCAGGAAGCAACGCGCGGCGCCCGAGCAUCCCGGCGCGGAAGGACGUGUUCAACCAGGUGGGAUUCGCCCUCCACUACUAGGCGCCUCCGGGGACGCCCGGCGGCGGCGCCCUGCUCCUGCUCGGCCCUGCGCUUGAAUCGACUACAGGCGGGUGGUCUGCAGACG